UUCUUGGGUGCAAAUGGCAACGGUGACUCCAAAGAGCCACCCCCACCCCCGGGCGAGCAGCCGGAGCUCGGGGGGGGGCACUCCGCUCAGCCCCACCCGCAUCAGCCGCCUGCAGGAGAAGGACGAGCUGAGGAACCUGAAUGACCGUCUGGCCGUCUACAUCGACGCGGUGCGCUCACUGGAGUCCCAGAACAGCCUCCUGCAGCUCCAGAUCUCCGAGAGGGAGGAGGUCAGCACCCGGGAGCUCAGCGGCAUCAGGAGUCUGUACGAGACCGAGUUGGCCGACGCCCGCCAGUCCCUGGACGAGACGGCCAAGGAGAGGGCUCGGCUCCAGAUCGAGCUCAGCACCAGCCGCUGCGACCACGACGGCCUCCUGCAGAGUUUUACUAAGAAAGAAUCGGAUUUAAAUGGUGCCCAGGCUCGAGUUAAAGACCUUGAAGCGGCGCUGCAUUCCAAAGAGGCUGUCCUUGCCACUGCACUGGGGGAAAAGCAAACCCUUGAAGGAGAUGUUGAGAUUCUCAGUGCUCGGGUUUCAAAGUUGGAAGGUUCCUUAGAUGGUGUGAAGAAACAGCUGGAAGAAGAAACUCUCUUGAGAGUAGACCUUGAGAAUCGAUGUCAAAGUCUGUCAGAGGAAUUGGAAUUCAGAAAGAACAUCUAUGAAGAGGAAAUCAAGGAAACCAGGAAAAAGCACGAGACUCGUCUGGUUGAAGUGGAUACGGGUCGGUUUAUAGAAUACGAGCACAAACUGUCCCAGGCCCUUCAGGAGCUGAGGCAACAACAUGAUCAGCAAGUGAAGAUCUACAAAGAAGAACUAGAACAGAACUACCAGAAUAAGCUUGAAAAUGCGAGACUGGCUUCUGCGAUGACCACCCGAUCAUCCAAGGCAACUGAAGAAGAACUGCGGGAAAAUCGCAUGAGAAUAGAAAGUCUUAGCACUCAGUUAUCCAGCAUGCAGAAGGAUGCUAGAGCUUGGCAAGAUAAGAUCCAGGAAUUGGAAGACACUCUGGAAAAGGAGAGGGAUUCAAACCAGAGGAUGAUGACCGCAAGAGAGAAAGAAAUGGCAGAGAUCCGAGCACAAAUGGAACAGCAGCAUGAAUACGAACAGCUUCUGGAUGUUAAACUGGCUUUGGAUAUGGAAAUUAAUGCCUACAGGAAACUGCUGGAGAGUGAAGAGGAGAGAUUGAAACUCUCUCCAAGUCCAUCAUCACGUGUGACGGUUUCUCGUGCCACAUCAAGCCGCAGUGUGCGUACAACCCGCGGAAAGAGAAAGCGGGUCGAUGUCGAGGAAUCUGAGGCUAGCAGUAGUGUCAGCAUCGCUCACCAUGCUUCUGCCACAGGCAAUAUUGUCCUCGAUGAAGUUGAUGUGGAUGGAAAAUUCAUCCGUCUGAAAAACAAUUCUGAUCAGGAUCAACCUAUGGGCAACUGGGAAAUGACCAGAAAAAUAGGGGAUGUGACUGCUACUUACAAGUUUACUGCAAAGUAUGUUUUGAAGGCAGGACAGGCCACUACGGUCUGGGCUACCGAUGCUGGUGUGACAUCGAGUCCACCUGCCAACCUCAUCUGGAAGAACCAGCCUGCCUGGGGCACUGGGGAAGAUGUGAAAGUCAUUCUGAAGAAUUCUCAGGGAGAGGAAGUGGCUGAUAGAACAACUAUUUACACAACUACUGUGCCGGAGGAGGAAGAAGUUGAGAUUCAAGAAGAGGAUCUCUUUCAUCAACAGGGAGAUCCAAGAGCAGCCAACAGGAGCUGUGCAGUAAUGUGAUCGUCUUCCAAGACUUCUUCAAAAACAAAAAGUUCAUUGCUGCCUAUGUCAAACUUUAUAUCCAGAUUCACAACUAUUUUUGUAUUUCACAUUGACUUGUACAUUCAAUAUUUUAGGUAUUUUGUUAAAUUUCAUUAUUUUGUAAAAUGCACAAACUGGAUUCCAGGCCUUUUUACGAUUUCUUUUGCUUUACUGAGCUUUUUGUAGAACAGUAACAGGGAUUGGAGUUUAAAGGAGCCAGUGUGUUUCUGCAAAAAAAGACAAUGUGAAUCGCAGACGUUUUUUUAAUCAAAAGUUUUAUCUGAUACUACCACAGACAAAAAAACAGGUUGGAAAGGUAAUGAGUUGUUAAAUUGGCCAUUUAAAGAGGCAGCUACAUUUGUGACAAGGCCUUCAUUUUGAGUUUAUGGGUGCUGUUGUGGGGGGAGUAGUUCAAUAACAUUUUGUAAAUUUAUAAAUACAGCACUGAGCUCAACAUUUUAAUUUUUUAAAUGUUUAUACGAAGAUGGUAAAAAUGUACCACAAAAAUUGGGAUGAAGGGAAAUUCUUCUGUUGUGGCUUUUUCCUCCUCCCUCUUUCCCACCUGAGUGGGUGGGAACAUAGUGAGUCUGAAUAUAGAUGUUAGUUUUUAAACUUAGCAAUUGCAUACCUGGAUUUUCUUUACAAGAUGGACAAAAUAAACAUUGUUUAAUUAAA